GUGGGAUGCCAAGUCAGGAAGGUAUGGUGUUGUAGACUUCACCACGCUGGCCUGGGAUGGUUCUGCCCACAGCGGCGACACUCGGAUGUGGCCUUCUUUCUACGACCUGAAUGCCGUAGUGUAGUGUCAUAACCAACGAAGAUUAUCUCUUUCCUGCAAAAUCCUCGAAGCAGGGCAUCACUUGUAGCCAAACCACCUUUACACGCACAGAACCGAGUUUACAGUCACGUGCAUAGCCAAGCACCACCAUGCAGGUCGAUGCGGCCUGCAUCCCCGCAGCGAGGAGCUUCAGCAGUCGGGCCAGCAUUAUUGACACGUUGCCCGACUCGCCAGCCAUAAAAUUAUCACACGUCCUCUGACUUCACCCCGUCCCUGACUUUUAACUCACUAUUGAGACAACGCUCCUCUUAGCUUGACUAACCUUUGUUUUUCUUUAUACAACGGUGCAACACCGCAAACAUGCGUGUCACCGCUCUCGUUGCUCUGGGCUGCUAUGCGGCCAUUGCACGAGCCCAGGAAGACCUGGAGGAUGCUGGCAGUUCGGUGUCGUCUGCGGCCACUGAGGUGUCCAGCUCUGUGGCAUCUGUUGUAGAGAGCGUGACGUCUUCUGCUGUCUCCAAGCCUACCUUCACUCCUACCACCCUAAAGGCUCCCUUCCUCGAGCAGUUCACAGACGACUGGGAGAGUCGAUGGCAAGCAUCGCACGCCAAGAAGGAGAAUACCGAGGAGGAGUGGGCGUACGUCGGGACGUGGAACGUCGAAGAGCCCACCGUCCUCCGCGGCAUCGACGGCGACAAGGGUCUCGUCCUCAAAGACAAGGCCGCUCAUCAUGCCAUCUCCGCCAAGUUCCCCAAGGCCAUCACCAACGAGGGCGAGACGCUUGUGGUUCAGUACGAAGUCAAGCUCCAGGCUGGCCUGGAGUGCGGCGGUGCUUACAUGAAGCUCCUCCAAGACAACACCGCCCUCCACGCCGAAGAGUUCUCCAACGCCUCCCCUUACAUCAUCAUGUUCGGCCCCGACAAGUGCGGGACGACGAACAAGGUCCACUUCAUCUUCCGUCACAAGAACCCCAAGACCGGCGAGUAUGAGGAGAAACACCUCAAGACGCCCCCUCCGGCUCGCAUCACGAAGACUACCACGCUUUACACGCUCAUUGUCCGACCGGAUCAGAGUGUCGAGAUCAAGAUUGAUGGCGUCAGCGCGAAGAACGGCACGCUGCUUGAGGACUUCAGCCCGGCUGUGAACCCGGAGAAGGAGAUCGACGACCCCAGCGACGAGAAGCCCUCCGACUGGGUCGAGGAAGCUCGCAUCGCCGACCCGGAGGCUACGAAGCCAGCAGACUGGGACGAGGACGCGCCGUUCGAGAUUGUCGACGAGGAGGCCGAGAAGCCCGCCGACUGGCUGGAGAACGAGCCGACUAUGAUUCCAGACCCGGAGGCAGAGAAGCCAGAGGACUGGGACGAUGAGGAGGAUGGUGACUGGAUGCCGCCGAUGGUGCCCAACCCCAAGUGCGCCGAAGCGUCUGGCUGUGGGCCGUGGGAGAAGCCUAUGAUCAAGAACCCGGCUUACCAGGGCAAGUGGACCGCGCCCAUGAUUGACAACCCGGCGUACAAGGGUGUGUGGGCGCCGAAGAAGAUUGCCAAUCCGGAUUACUUCGAGGACAAGACGCCGGCGAACUUUGAGCCCAUGGGAGCUAUUGGCUUCGAGCUCUGGACCAUGCAAAACGACAUCCUCUUCGACAACAUCUACAUCGGCCACUCCGAAGCCGACGCCGCCGCCCUGGCCGCCGAGACCUUUGACGUCAAGCUGGCGGUCGAGAAGGCGGAAGAGGAGGCGGACAAGCCCAAGCCGAGCGAGAAGCCGGACAUCAAGAGCCCCAUGGACCUCAACUUCAUGGAUGAUCCGCUCACCUACGUGCGCGAGAAGGCGCAGCUCUUCUACGAGAUUGCCAAGCGCGACCCGCUCGAGGCGGUGCGCUUUGUGCCUGAAGUCGCUGGUACGCUGGCUGUUGGUGUUGUGUUGGUUCUGUUAGUGCUGGCGGGUGCGGUGACGGGUGGAGCGAAGGCGGCGCCAAGUAAGGAGCAGGUGAAGGAGAAGACGCAGCAGGCGCGCGAGCAGGCGGAGAAGAUUAAGGAUCAGGUUGCUGAUGCUGUUACGUCGGCGACGGAUAGUGCGAAGGAGGAGGUUAACAAGCGGUCGACGAGGAGCUCGGCACAGUAGGGGUGGAAUGGGCGAUAGACAGGGUGUUUGGUGGUUGUGGUGGCGGAAUGCUGAAUUCAGAUGUGUCAUGCUCA